AGUUAUUUCUGGCUCAGUUUGCUCUUGCACGAUCUUACGCGAGGUCAUCCUUUGCAUCCCCCCUGAUAUAUGCUACUCCCUGCGAGACACCCUCUUCCUCUUCAAUUUCCUCUUUUGCCUAGUCUCCGUUUCAUAUUUAUCUGUUCGUUCUGAAAAAUAUCAUUGUAAGAAUUAUUUGUUUGUUUCGUAAAAGAAAAAUUAUCUAAAAGCAAAAACCGUUUUUUAUAAUAUUUUUGAAGUAAAUCUAACAAUUUGUUGUGAAUGGCUGAUGAUGACGACUACAAGAUAUUAUUGGAUGCUGUUAGUGUCAUUAUUGCUGAUAUUCGGAUACAUUUCAGAAUCCCAGCAACUCAUCAUCCGAAGCAUCAACAUUCCUUCCGCUGUAAAAAUUGGCGACGUCGAUUACGUGAUACUCGACUGCGACUAUGCUUUGGAAAACACUUCGAGCAAAGGGUUAGUAGUCAAGUGGUUUUACAACGACAACCAACUAGUUUAUCAGUGGAUCUAUGGCAGAUAUCCCUUAGCUGACCAACCAGCUAAGAAAUAUGUUGAUUUAAAAUACAAAGCCAGCGGUGAUCCUUUUACCGAAUAUCGAGCCAUGAAGCUGGUUAAACCAGGAAUUGAUCUAACGGGUGAUUAUAUGUGUGUUAUAUCAACGUUUGAGGACGAACGGACGGCAAACGCCUCGAUGGUGAUUUAUUCAACAGAAAAAAAAUUCGAUUUUGGGUAUCAGAAAAAAAAUAUUGAUAAUAAAGAUGGAUUGGAAGCGACAUGUAAAGCAGAAGGCCUAUAUCCACAGCCAACUCUCGAUAUCUCAGUUAAGGACGUUCCAGAAAAGCAAACUUCGAAACCCACAGUGACACUUCGCAAAGAUGGAUUGUAUAAUAUUUUAUCGCGUGUAGACUUUCUAGACGAAGAACUACCAGAAGCUGCGGAGCUCAAAUGCAUCCUUGACAUCCCGAGGACAAAUUACAGCAUCACUCGAAAAACUAUUUACUAUUCUGGAACGGUUACUACCACUUCAUCCUUUACAACGAUACCACAGCAUAAAAUGGAUAUCCAGGCCCUAGACAGCUCAAAGUCUGGUAAUGGUGGUGGCAACUUCGUCGACCGUGCAUCGAUUAAUCUUAUCCUGUUACCGAUACUUCUGGCUAUUUUCAUUCUGUUUUAUUAAUAAUAUAAUCGAUAGGUAAGUUUAAACUGACGUUGGAUUCGACCGGCUGGCUUUCACAAUUUUAAAGAAAAA